ACUAGUUCUGCGCCAGUUGUGGGCUGGUUCUCUGCGCCGAUGCUGCUCCGCCUGUGUUGCGCCGGGGGGGCGGGCACUCGCUCGGGAGACGGAAGUGGUGGGACUGAGAGGAGCGGAUCGGGCGGCGCCGGAUAGCAGAAGCUGCAGAAUAUUCACUGAACGUCUUUGGAUUUUUGUCUAACCAAUCAGAAUGUCGUACCCUGGCUACCCCUCGACCGGCUACCCAGCCUAUCCUCAAACAGACGGACAGCCUGCGUAUCCCCAAGCUGGUGGGCAGUACCCAUACCCUGGUGCUCCUGGCGGGGCCUAUCCUGGUAGUGCUGGUGGUGUGGCCUACCCUCAAGGGCCUGGCGGGGCCUACCCAGCGGCAGGUGGUGCGGCCUACCCUCAAGGGCCUGGUGGGGCCUACCCAGCGGCAGGCGGUGUGGCCUAUCCUGGCGCGGCAGGCGGGGCCUACCCAGCAGCUGGUGGUGCGGCCUAUCCUGGCGCGGCAGGCGGGGCCUACCCAGCGGCUGGUGGUGCGGCCUACCCAGCAGGGACCGGAGGGAGCUACCCCCAUGCACCGGGAGGGAACUACCCUCAAGUCCCUGGUGGGGGUUACCCACAGGCUCCAGCAGCGGGGUACCAACAGCCACAAGCUGGAGGGUACCCACAGGCCCCAGCGGGGGGGUACCAACAGCCACAAGCUGGAGGGUACCCGCAGGCUCAAGGCUGGCCCGGACAGGGGGCCCCGGGCACCUACCCAGCUGCACCUUCGGGGGGAUACCCCACACCCCCAGGUAACCAGCCAGCAUACGGCGCUGGUGGGACUGGAUACCCCACAUAUCCUGCAGGUCAAGGCGGUACUGCGCCGGCCCCAGCCCCGGGCGGUGUUCCUGGCUACGGGACUCCUGGUUACGGUGGACCCCCUCAGCCGCCUGGCCAAAGCUACGGUGGUGGAGUCCCGACCUCAGGUGGAUAUGGAUCUGGACCAGCUUCCCAGCCUUCAAUGCCCAAUAUCGGAGGCCUGUCCCUUGGAGGGGGGAUGCAGGGCACUAUCAAGCCUGUUGGUAACUUCAACGCCCAGAGUGAUGCGGAAAUCCUGCGGCAGGCCAUGAAGGGGGCUGGGACCAACGAGCAGGCGAUAAUUGACGUAGUCGCCAACCGUUCCAACGACCAGAGACAGAAGAUUAAGUUGGCAUUCAAGACCCUGUAUGGCAAGGAUUUGAUCAAAGACCUGAAGUCCGAGCUCACUGGGAACAUGGAGGAGAUCAUCAUCGCCCUGUUCAAGCCGACCACCUUCUACGAUGCUUGGAGUCUCAGGAAGGCGAUGGAGGGAGCCGGGACACAAGACCGGGUGCUGAUUGAGAUCCUCUGCACCAGGAACAACCAGCAGAUCCGCGACAUUGUGACCUGUUACAAGGUAGAGCUGGAAAGAGAUCUGGAGAAGGAUUUGCAGAAAGACACCAGCGGACAUUUCAAGAGACUGCUCAUCUCAAUGUCACAGGGUAACCGUGACGAGGCCCAGACGGUGGACAUGCAGAAGGCCGCGGCAGAUGCGCAGCGGCUGUUCAAUGCCGGGGAGGGCAAGCUGGGCACGGACGAGUCCACCUUCAAUAUGAUCCUGGCCACACGCAGCUUCCCGCAGCUGCAGGCCACCGUCCAUGAGUACGGGAAAAUGGCCAAACGUGAGCUGCUCAAGGCCAUCGACCGGGAGUUCUCAGGGGACGUCCGUGAUGGGAUGCACGCCAUCGUGCAGUGUGUGGCGAACCGACCCACAUUCUUUGCUGAGAAGCUGUACAAAGCGAUGAAGGGAGCAGGUACCAGCGACUCCACGCUCAUCCGGGUCAUUGUCACCCGCAGUGAGAUCGACCUUGUUCAGAUCAAGCAGGCGUUUUGGGAGAAGUACCAGAAGACCCUGCGUGUGAUGGUGGAGAGCGACACCAGUGGUGACUACAAGCGCAUGCUGCUGUCCAUCAUCGGCAACUAGCCCUCUCUCCCUCCCCCCCCGCUCCACCUCCCUGUGGCUGCCUGCUCUCCCUACAAUCCGUUACCUGAACGACAACCAGACGAUAUUCCUUUUUGCCAUUGUAUGCUUCAAUAGAUCGAUACUGGGGUCAAACCAGAGCCACACAAGGGGGAAGGGGUCC